GACUGAGCCACCCAGGCGCCCCCCUUUGCGAACUUUUAAUAUCCAAAUUGAAAGAAUCGUAAAGUGGGCACCUGUAUAUUAACCACUUGGAUCCAACAUUUUGCCAUAUCCGCUAGCUGAUCCUAUCUAGCUAGCUAUCCAUCCUUCCUUGCUGGACCAUUUGAGAUCAAGAUGCAGACAUUGUUACAUUUCGCCCUAAAUACCUGUAUCAUUCAUCUUGUGGGAUUUAGGACUUCCUUCUACAUAACCACAGUACCAUCAUUAUACCUGAGAAAAUAAACAGUGCAUCUCUAAUCCUGCCUUAACCCAGUUUCCUCAGUUGUCCUCAAAAUAUACUUUAUAGCUGUUUUGAAAUUUUGUUAUUGAUUAAAUUUCUGAGCCAGGCUCCAGUCAAAGUUUACUUAUUGUGUAUUUGGUUAUAUUCGUUUCUAACAAAAGCAAACAUUUGGCCAAGGACUGGGGAAGGGAAGAAACUUUCUUGGCCACAGGCAAUAUUUUGAAAUCUUUGGCUACCCGUCCCUCCCUGUUUCCCUCUCCCACAGGUCUGGGGUGCUGCCGAACUCUCCGUUUUGGCAUCCUCCAGGGUACCGCUGAUCUCACACAGGUAUUAGCAGAAGCCUCAGGGACAGCUGCGUUUUCCAAGGGACGUCUUAGCGGAAGGCUUCUGAAACCCAGGGAUUCAUAGCUGGGCAUUGCUGAUUUAUGCACGAUUUGCUGGGGAAGGUGUCUCGGCCCCUGUCUGUUCCCAGAGUGGUCUUCACUGUCCCGAAUCAGAGUUCUGUGCUCCAUUGUCAUGGAACAUUUCAAGGACUUUGACAAAAUAAUGGUAACUGAGUGACUGGGUGCACUGUCAUGGGUGGGUGGACUCUGGGCGGCUGGAUCCUAUCUGGAUGUCCCCUCCCUGCCUGGUCACAGAUUCAGAGUGGGGGUGGGGAGGGCUGUAGCAGCUGUUCAUCUGGAAGUUGUAUAGAAGUUGGCGGUGGCCUGAAGUUUCACUACAAAGACAAUGGUGGCAGCCGCACGUUGCACUCCAAAACGGAGACGACACCGUCGCCCACUAACAAUACUGGCAAUGGACACCCAGAGUAUAUCGCAUAUGCGCUCGUCCCUGUGUUCUUCAUCAUGGGUCUCUUCGGCGUCCUCAUCUGCCACCUGCUCAAGAAGAAAGGCUAUCGUUGUACAACAGAAGCCGAGCAAGAUGUGGAAGAGGAAAAGGUUGAAAAGAUAGAGUUGAAUGACAGUGUAAAUGAAAACAGUGACACCGUUGGGCAGAUUGUUCACAUCAUCAUGAAAAAUGAAGCAAACGUUGAUGUUUUAAAGGCAAUGGUAGCAGAUAACAGCCUGGGUGACCCUGAAAGCCCUGUGACGCCCAGCACUCCUGGGAGCCCACCUGUGAGUCCCGGGCCCCUGUCGCCAGGAGGCACCCCCGGGAAGCACAUCUGUGGCCACCAUCUGCACACAGUGGGCGGUGCUGUCGAGAGGGACGUGUGUCAUCGGUGUAGGCACAAACGGUGGCACUUCAUAAGACCUACCAACAAAUCCAAACAGGGCCACGCGAGGCGUCAGGGAGAGGUCACCGUCCUCUCUGUUGGCAGGUUUAGAGUGACAAAAGUGGAACACAAGUCAAACCAGAAGGAGCGGAGAAGUUUGAUGUCAGUUAGUGGGACUGACGGCGUCAAUGGGGAGGUGCCUGUGACACCUGUGAGGGGAGAACGGAGUGACUCAGAGUAGCAGGGGUGACUUUAUUUGAAGAGUUUUAAGACACUGAGGACUUACAAGAUAAGAAAUUGCUUGGGGAGGUUUUUAAAAUUUCUAUAAAGUUUCUAUUGUGGAGUCUGCAGGCAUGUGGAUAGAAGCUCCAAGGGAAUAUUGUGCUGUGCUGGAUACAGAAUUCAGUUUGCUUUGAAUCAAGUUUUGGGUUUAAAGGUCUGAUGGAAAAUGUAUUGCAUUUCCAGUGAAGAAAAGAGCUCAUUUAAGAACUUUCCCAACCACCAUACCUCCCCAUCUCCCAUUACUGGCCUUGGCGUACAUUUUGCAGUUUUUCCUGUAUGAUCACUGUGUGUAGGGGAACUAUUCGUGUGCAAUCGAGCCGAUGCUUGGGGGUGUUUCCGUGUGUGUGUGUGUGCAUGUGCGCAUGCACACAUGCACAUCUGUGCACACGCACACUCUUGUCGCCACCCGUGGAUCUCAUUUUGCAACUGGUUACAAGAAGAUCCUCUGAGAGCUUCACUGUUACAAGAGAUAAAGAUGAGGCUUUGGUGUGAAAGGUCCUUGCAGAUCAUCUGGCCUCGUCCUGAGAAACUGGCCCCCCGAGACAUCAUGGAGUCAGAUGGCACCAGAUGCCAGACUUUGGAUUCCUGGACCAAGGACUCCGCAUUGACUCCUGCCACCACCGUGCCACUCCCAGGUCACUUACAAAAUAUUGAGGGCGUUUUUGUUUUGUUUUGUUUUUUUAACUUGCACUAAGCAAUUCUUAUUUAGUCCGUCGAAUAAAGGGGGGAAAUAGCUUAAAGUGUCUAAAAACAAAACACAAAAAUGCUUGUUUUGACAACCUGGGGACAAAACACAAAACCCCCCGACUUCUGAGGCAGGAUGGGCCCGUACCUUCGUCUGGCAUGUUUUCCUUGGGCUUUUCCUAUUUUCCAUCUUCUGACCAAUGCGCGUUAUUUAAAAGACUCUUAAUGGUUGCAUUUCCCCUGUAAGCCUGGAAAACCUCACUUUUAUUUAUUAUUAUUAUUAUUUUUAGCUUUGUAGUUUAUGAAACACCUGAAAGAACCGGGGCGGAGUUAGUAGCACAUUUAUGAUAGGCGUGGGCCCGGGGCCAGGAGCCCAGAGACCUGUCGUCAGUGUUGGUGUGAUGGAUGCCCCCGGGCACUUCUUUCAUCUCAGCGAGAAAGCAUCUUUCUCACUUCACUCCCAAGAGGAGGAUUUCCAUAAAAAUGUAGCGUAAACUAUUCCCCGUAAAUAUGCUCAUUCCAUUCUGUUUCUGGCAUCGAAAUGAAAAAUUCCCAACCUUUGAAAUGAAUGGUAGGUUCGAUUUCGUGUGAUUUUUUUUUUUUUUUUUUUAACUGACAACUAAUACGAGCUGUGUGUGCGUAUGUAACACACAGUGGACUAGAGGAGGUCAGUAUGGAAAAAAGAUUCCACUGAGGUCCAGCAAGGAGCGAUAUAGGAAUUCUGGGGGUGUGUAUUAGUGUAAAUACUCUAGGUGCGGUCUAGACCAAUAGUUUUAGUUUUUAAAAAUAAAGCACCGUUUUUGGCUUUAAAAAUAUCACGCCCUCAAGUGGUGAGGAAUAAAAUGUAAGAUAUUUUUCAGCUUUAAUUAUUUUUAAAUUUUCAGGUCAGAGCACUUUUUUUAUAGCAAUACAACAGGCAAGAGAAUACUCAAACGUAUUUAAAAUUGUGUUUAUACCAAGAGUACGUUUUAAAUAUUUUCUAAUACUUGAGCAGUUUUUGUCUGGCCGGCUUCCAAAUAUGCCAAAAGUUAUGCAUUCAAUGUGUUAAUACAUAAGCUUUUUACUAAUAAUUCUUAAGUAUUCCCAACGCAACUGAUGUUUACAGGGCUUGUGUUUUUCUUCCUUCUUUAGAAGGAUCGGGGUCCACAACAAACUUACUGUAUAAAACACUAACGAUGGGCUAACUUCUGGUGUAACGUGUGAGUUGGCUACGACCUUGAUGUAAAAAUUUGUAAAGGAAAUUUUGCACCAUUUUGAGUGUCAGAUGUAUUUUUAACUGUCUGGUUUGUACUUUUACGACUUUUGUACUACCAAAACAGAGUUAAAAAUAAAAACGUUGAACACA